GCUCGAUGAUUGUUAAUGCGCCCUCUUUAGCUGAUGUGUACGAAAUAUUUUAGAUCGGAUGGCUGACUGAUCGGGAUUAGGAAAACACAGAAAUGCCGGGUGGUAGCAGCAGCAAUGAUAAUGUGCGAGUGGUGGUACGAUGUCGUCCCCUCAACUCCAAGGAGACAGGUCAAGGGUUCAAGCCUGUGGUCAAGAUGGACGAGAUGAGGGGCACUGUACAGGUCACCAACCCCAACGCGCCCAGCGGGGAACCCCCAAAAUCAUUUACCUUUGACACCGUGUUUGCACCGGGAGCCAAGCAAACUGACGUCUACAACCAAACGGCCAGACCUAUUGUGGAUGCUGUUAUUGAAGGCUAUAAUGGAACCAUAUUUGCCUAUGGCCAGACAGGCACUGGAAAGACGUUUACAAUGGAAGGAGUUCGAUCUCAGCCAGAACUCAGGGGCAUCAUUCCAAACUCCUUCGCUCAUAUUUUUGGGCACAUAGCCAAAGAGCAAGAAAAUGUCAGGUUUCUUGUCAGAGUGUCUUAUCUGGAGAUCUAUAAUGAAGAAGUGAAAGAUUUACUUGGCAAAGAUCAACACAGCAGAUUAGAGGUAAAAGAGCGUCCCGAUGUCGGUGUGUACGUCAAAGACCUUUCUGCGUUUGUUGUCAACAAUGCAGAUGACAUGGAUAGGAUCAUGACAUUAGGGAACAAAAACAGAUCUGUAGGGGCGACAAACAUGAAUGAGCAGAGUUCCCGUUCGCAUGCUAUCUUCACUAUUACCCUGGAGAGGAGUGAUAUGGGUCUGGACAAAGAACAACACGUUAGGGUCGGUAAACUACACAUGGUGGAUCUUGCGGGUUCUGAGAGACAGACCAAGACUGGCGCGAGCGGGCAACGCCUCAAGGAAGCCACCAAGAUCAACCUGUCCCUGUCAACCCUGGGUAACGUCAUCUCAUCACUGGUGGACGGGAAGAGCACUCAUAUCCCGUACAGGAACUCCAAACUAACCAGGCUAUUGCAGGACUCCCUUGGAGGCAAUGCCAAGACUGUUAUGUGUGCCAACAUAGGACCCGCUGAAUACAAUUAUGAUGAGACCAUUAGCACCCUGAGGUAUGCGAACCGAGCUAAGAACAUCAAGAACAAGGCGAAGAUCAAUGAGGAUCCAAAGGACGCCCUCUUGAGAGAGUUCCAGAAAGAGAUUGAGGAACUGAAGAAACAGAUCUCCGAAUCUGGAGAAGGACUGGAUGAUGAUGAAGGGUCCGGCUCAGAGGAGAGUGGAGAAGAAGAAGAGGGAGAAGGGGGAGAAAAGAAGAAGAGGAGGGGCAAGAAAAGUAAAAGAAAGCUCUCGCCGGAGAAGAUGGCUGCCAUGCAGAAGAAGAUCGACGAAGAGAAGAAAGCGUUGGAAGAGAAGAAGGACAUGGAACAGGAAGAUCGGAACAUGGUGGAGAAGGAACUCCAGAGGAGAGAGAGUGAACUUCACAAGGCGCAGGAGGACCAGAAGAUCUUAAACGAGAAGCUCAACGCCAUCCAGAAGAAACUGAUCGUGGGUGGGGUGGACCUCCUGGCCAAGUCCGAGGAGCAGGAGCGGCUCCUGGAGCAGUCUGCCCUGGAGAUGAAGGAGCGUGUGGCCAAGCAGGAGACCAUGCGGAAGAUGAUGGAGGAGAAGGAGCAGGAGCGCCUGGACAUCGAGGAGAAGUACAGCAGUCUCCAGGACGAGGCCCAUGGAAAGACCAAGAAGCUCAAGAAGGUCUGGACCAUGCUCAUGCAGGCCAAAUCAGAGGUCGCUGACAUGCAGGCGGAGCAUCAGAGGGAGAUGGAAGCCUUGCUGGAGAACGUCAGAGAGCUGAGUCGAGAGCUCCGUCUUUCAAUGCUCAUCAUCGACAGCUUCAUCCCGCAGGAGUUCCAGGAGAUGAUAGAGCAAUACGUACAUUGGAAUGAAGACAUUGGAGAAUGGCAACUGAAAUGCGUGGCGUACACUGGAAACAACAUGCGCAAGCAGACUCCUGUCGCAGACAAGGACAAGAACCUGGCGUAUGGUGAGGCGGAUCUGUCCAAUGUUUACCUAACAUAUAAUCUAGAGGGUGGCGGCAUGAAAUAUAAACCAUCGCAGGGUAAAUCAGGAAGGCCAAAGACGUCAUCAGGGAGACCAAAGACGGCUAAAAAGAAGCAAGCAUCGAUGGCGAGCUCUAUUGAUGCUCUCUUACAAUAAAUGAGUUGAGCUCCCUGAAGCAUUCUUGGCGAGCAUUCCUAAACCAUCAAAGAUUUGUAGACUGUCUUCAUGCCAGAGGUCUAGCAUACAUACCAUCCAGUCACCUUUGGAUGAUAGAGGGCUGUGUCUACCUGGACAGCUAAAAUCUGUCCGUUUGGAGGAGUUUUAAAACAGUCCUUGAUGCAGACGGCCAGCCAUCUUGCACAGAGUAUGAGGACCCAUGGGCUCAAUGUAUUAAUCCCCCCCCCAACCGGGUGUUUUGAUUUUGAAUGAUUGUUACAUUGUUAUAAAAAUGCACUAAGGUGGUGUACACAAAUUAUUCAUAUAUCAUUUUUUUAAAUAAAAAUUGUAUUAAUGGUAAAAAUCAAGAAUUAUAUUUUGGGCCGUAGGUCCCCUGUACACAGUGUUAAGGAUGACUUAUAUGUAUGGAUGAGGUGUAGCGAAGCAAGAUUCACUCUAGCUGAACAACCGAUGAAACAGAGACUGAAGCUUUUGAUCAUCGUACAGACCAUCCAGCCAUCUCUAAUUGAAAAAGGGCUACGCUUACCCUGCUCAAAUGACUUAUUAUAGGUGGUGUCUUGGCAAACUCAAUACAGUGUUGUGACUCGUGUUGGUGGUGUUUACACAAAACCAACACCCACCUUUCAACCCCAUGGUCGUGCUUCAUAAGACUUCUAAAUGCACAAUUACUAUAACAAAUUUGAUAUCAGCCAAUCAGAUUGGAGAAUUUUAGUAGCUUUUAACUGUUAGUGCAAAUUUGUUAUUAUAACAGGUUUUAUGAAACAGGCCCCAUAUUUAGAAUCACCCACUGUGCAUAUUAUAGACUGCAUACAUAUACUAGUAGUACUAUCACUGUUCCAACAAAUACAACCCGAUUGACCAAUCCCUUCAAUAUUGGCUUGUCCUAUUUCACACAAUGUAUUAUUUUGUUUUUCUUGUAUAAUUAUAGCUGUCAAAGAUAUCGAAUCUGAUAUUGUUUUGAUAAUAUUGAAAAGAAGUGAAACUACCAUUUUAAUUUAAUUUAUCAUUUUACAUUCCACAGAAACAUACAUCUAAAAAAAUGAAUUCAUGAUUGACAAAAAUCACAUUGACUGUUUAAAAGAAAAAUAGAAUGAUGUGAAAUAUGAGGAUCCUACAAGAAACAUUUGCUUGUAUAGGUUCCCAGAAAAAGUUGAAUCAAAUAAGGAAGAAUAAAUACAUUAUAUAGAGGUCUACAUGAUAGUUACAUGAAGAGAGCAUUAUUUACCUCCAUACAAACAUCUGAUUGUAAUAAAAACUUUUUUAGUCAAUAUUUAAAAGAAUACAAUGAGGGAGACUGAAUUAUAUCCUCCGAAUUAUUCUGGAAGGAAGGCCCUGUGUAGGUAAAUCUUUUGUGAGCAAGAAGAAUAUGUACAGAGAAAAUGGGGAAAUUGUGGACUUGUCGAGUACGGUAGGCUUGGAUUUCUUGAUUUUCAACAAGCAAAAAAUAAGAUACACUUUGUAAUUCAUGUGUAUUUGGUUGAUACAUACAUACAUACAUAUACCAACAAAUUAAUAAAAUAAAGCUGUUACCUUCAAUAACUGAUACUGGUUUGAAUGAAUUAGUGGAUUCGUACGAGCCAAAAAGUCAGAAGAAGAAAUUAUCUUUACAGCACUCUUUUUUUUUUAAGUAUGGAUACAAGUUUUGUCUCAAAAGCAUUUUCCCAGGCUUAAAUUCCAUUAUUCGGAAUGGUAACAAUAUAGUAGAAAACAAUAGUUUCAAAUAUGAUAGGAAAAU